AUGUUUGGGGGAUUCGUCAACUACUUCAAACCCAAGCCUGUAGAGACCGCACCACAACAAAUUGGCACCAUCAGUCCCCAGCCCAACAGCAAGUUGAAAGAAGCCAUAAAUACGAGUCAAGAACAGGAAGGAAAAUACCAGGCCAGCCACCCAAACCUCAGGAGGCUGGACAGUACUGAUCCGGUCCCUACCGCACCUGCCUCUGCUGUGGGCACUGAGGCUUACCCGAAGAACUCAACCCUCCGAGCCUAUCACCAGAAGAUUGACAGCAACCUAGAAGAGCGAUCCUUGGGCCUGGGCGGUCUGAAGGACAUAGCCCUGGGGAUGCAGACAGAAACUGAAGAGCAGGAUGACAUUCUUGACCGGCUGACAACCAAAGUGGACAAGUUAGAUGUUAACAUAAAAACCACAGGAAAAAAAAAAAAAAAGUUCGCCAACUCUGAAGAUGGAAGGAGUCCCACUCCAUUGUGA